AUGGACGAACUGCAACCGCAAACAAAAGAGAUGGAGAAAAUCAUCUUCGACAACGGCAUCCAGGAGUUCAUCCUCAAGGCAGCUGACUUUUCGACCGACGACAUUAUCAACGACUUGGCCUACAAAUUGGGAGGGCUGGUUACUCUUAUCGGCAAACUUAAUAUCCGCUACCUCCAAAUCGGUAGCCACACCACCAAAAAGUAUCUCUCCGUCAAGCUCAGUGACGAACAAUAG